UUCCACCUCCAGGUGGUUAUUUUAUUUACCCAUAACAAACAUGGCAGAAAAGGCUUCAUCCUGGCCACCAAUAAAGAUGACCACAGUACUUCCUGUGCUUGCCCUUAACAAAGAUGGAAUCAUGACUUCCUGUUCAGAGGUUCUUUGCCUUCAACAAAGAUGGUGCUUAUGGUACAGGUUCCCUGACAGUUUGGAUUCCGGUUGCAGUUUUUUUUUUUUUUUCCCCUUAAGAUACGUGUUUGCAGACGGGGAAAUGGAGGCUAGAGACAAGCAAGUGCUUCGCUCCCUUCGCCUCGAGUUGGGUGCAGAGGUACUGGUGGAGGGGCUAGUCCUCCAGUAUCUUUAUCAGGAAGGGGUCUUGACAGAAAGCCACGUUCAAGAAAUUAAAGCUCAAGCCACAGGCCUCCGGAAAACAAUGCUACUGCUGGAUAUUCUACCUUCCAGAGGUCCUAAAGCCUUCGAUGCAUUCCUAGAUUCUCUGCAGGAAUUCCCUUGGGUAAGGGAGAAGCUGGAGAAGGCAAGAGAAGAAGCCGUAGUUGAACUGCCUGCAGGAAGUCUGGAAGUCAGCUGCUUCUGGCAUUGGUUCAUUGGCUCAAAGGCCUCAGGGCGAGUGUUUCUGUCAUUGGUUCAUGGCUCAAAGGCAUCUGGCGAAAGAAGUUCAGAGAGAUGAACUUUUCCAGUGGUUGAAAACUAAUACAUCAUGGUGCUAUUAUUGAGACCCCAGGCUGACUCUAAGACCUGUGCUGUCCUACUGAGCUCAUCUGAAUGUUUGCAAAAUCUGCAGCUCUGAUUGUUUUUGUGGUUAAUGUUCUUGAACUGCCAACAAGUAAAUGGUUUAGCUAUCUAAUGAGUUGAGCCUCUUUAACUUUGUUAGGUUUCAUUAGAGAGCAUCUAUUAUUUAUUUGGGACCAUCAAUGCAUUUUUACAUUUAACUACGUAUUUGAUUUUUCUCAGGUCUUACUUUUUGUAUUAGUGAACCAAGCUUUACUAGUACCCUUUUUUUUUGGAGGGGUACUUGUCUUAUCAGAGAAAAACUUUAUUCAGGUAAACAAAUACAUGCCAUGACAAUAAAGAACUAUAUAAGUUAUUAGUUUCCCCCGUUCUUUUGUGCUGUGCAUCUUACCAGGUAGAAGUUUGGUUGUCAUAGCAAGAAAGAACAAGUAACAACUUUCUGAACUGUGGCAUUUGAGAUUAGACGGAUAAGACAGUGACCUACAGCACACUAGUUAACCAAAAGGAAUAGAGCUGCCGCCGAAGAAGACAGAGGAAGGUCUGUUGUAGCUGAGAGUACUCUUUGGCAUUUGGCCAUCACAGUGUCACGAUAACAUGAAGAAGCAGGAACCUUGGAAUUGCUUUCCUUUAUAUUCCUUUCCUGGAUAAUUACCAACCAUACUCAGAUUUUGAAAAGUCCUUUUAUUUUGCGAUUGCAUCUUUCAGCAACAACUCUUAUUAUCCUGUUAUGCAAUUUGUCUCAUUUAUGAUGCUCAGGUGGGAAAACUUUCAGCCUCAGCAAUCGUAAAGAUCACCAUGAUUGAGCAUUUUGUGUCGCUUUCACUUGUUUUGCUGUUGAGCAGGCAGGGUUCAGAGCAGGCGAAUUCUUUCCAGAUGCAUUUUUAAAUGACCGAAUAGAACCCUGGGGUCUCUUCAGGAUAGCCCAAGUGAGUGUGUGUUCUUGCCCUCUUCAUGCACGUGCAGCUUCCUGAGGUCACUCUGCAGAGGGCUCUGUGGUUGUGGGAUAAUUCCACGGUUCAUACUGAACAGAGGAGGAUGGGUAAGUAGUCCUCCAAGCAGGGAGUCCCUGGGCAUUCCAAGGUCUGCUUGUUUGGAUACCAGAACCUGUCCCUCUCCAAGAAACACACAGCGGUUAUGCUUUCCUUUGCUUUCUCACCAUCUUAGGCAUGAAAUGGAACUGUUUUCUCCCAGAAGACAAUGUUCCUGUGUAGAAGUAAAUGGUAGCACUUCACAAGCUUUGAGGAGUCUAGAGUCAGGCCUGUUAGUAACUGACACUCUAAUGACUCAACUUGACACCAGUGGCCUUCUGAGGUUAUUGAGGAGGGGAGGUAUGGGAAGUGUGGUCCCUUGACCGACUAUGCCCAGCACCCAGCUCAGCGACGGGCAGCCAGGAUGGCUGAGCCAGCCAGAGAAGCCUGCAAGCGGAUGGGAUUUUCUGCCUUGUCCUGACAUGGAAGACAGAGCACGCCAGCCUCCGCAUCAAGGUACUCAUUGGGUCUGGAGGACUGAAUGCAGCUUUGAGAUGUGCCUCUUCUUGCCAACUAUGUUCAAGGGAAAACUGGGACCCCCCUUGGGGGUUGGGGAGAGCUCUUUAUGAAGCUUUUCCUGACCAAUAUAUUCCUGGAGGAGGACAUUGCGUUGUUCUCCUGGGCUCACCUCUAACACAGAACUUACGUUAUGCUUGUCUGUUUUCUUUUUUAUCUCCCUAGACUGUGAACCCUUGAAGACAGGGAUUGUCUUAUCACUGUUUUAAUACUCAGUUUCUAUGAUGUGUUCAAUAAAUGUUUGUUUAACAAAAUACUAAUGUUCACUUCCUUUCUUCGACAUGGUACUCCAUCCUGUCCAAGGAUAGAAUUAUAUCAGAAAUUAUACCAGUUAUCUUCAGUUGGUCCUUACACUAAUGAAACCCAGUAGCAUAGAUGGAAGUAGAGUUGAAAAGUGAAGGUGAUUAUAAAAUACAUAGAAAUAUGCUUAAUAAGAAUUGGUCAGAAUUUAUGUGAAAAAGACUUCCAAACUUAACUGAGGCACAUAAAAGAACACUUGAAUAAAUAGAGAAAAAACAUACCAUGUAUAUUGGCUGGAAGAGUUGAUAUAGUUAAUGUAUCAGUAUCACUUUGUCCACCUUAGUCUAAAAUUUAAUGCUAUUACAGCAGAACUUGCAAUGGGAUGAUUACUCCAUGGAACUUGCUAAAAUAAGUCCAGAAUAAUAUUGUUUGGGAAGAAUGAAGACUGAAAAAUGGAGAUUUUUAUCUCAUCAAAUAUUAAGAUAUUGUGAACUAUAGUAAAAACAACAUAGCAUAUAAAAUAGAAGUCAGUAUAACCUGGAUUCCGAAACUUGAUGAAGACAUUUUAAGGAACAGAUGUAGACUUCAUAACCAUAGAUGUAAAAAUCCUUAAAAAAUAUUGACAAGUUGAAUCUAGCAAAACAGAAAAAGGAUAAUACAUCUUUACCAAAUUUAUCUCAGAAACUGCAGGUCAGCUUAGUGUUUCAAGCUAUGUACUUUAUCAUGUUAACAGAAUAAAAAGAAAUUAGAAUGGAAUUUAGAGCUAGCCUAAAAACAAACUUGUGUAUACAUAUGGAAACCUGGUACAAACCCACAGUUCCUUAUUUGAAACAUAUUUCAGAAUUUUGAUUUUUAAGCAAUAUCUCAUAGUCAAACAUGUUUAUUUCCAUAGCAAAACUGAUUAGUAGUGACACUAAGUGGAAUAAAGACCAGAAAUAGCAUCAACAUUACCUCAGGUAAAGCUUUGCCACCACAUAAUUUCGGUACCAAACUUAAAAAAAAAAACCCAGAAAGUUCUUUGUUUUUAAUAUCUUUAUGAUUUCAGAAUCUCAGAGAAGGAAUUAUCUACUGUUUUACAUAAAGUUGGCACAUUUCAAAUCAUUGAUGACAGGAUUUCUGAAGGAUGUUGUGAUUAUAUACUAGUCAUUUAAGACAAAAAGAAAUAAAGUUAAAUCCCUACUUUAUAGCAAAAUUAAUUUUUUUUUUUUUUGCUGUGCUGCAUGGCUUGCAGGAACUCAGUUCCCUGACCAGGGAUUGAACUCAGAUCCUCAACAGUGAAAGGGUAGAGUUCUAAACACUGGACUGCCAGAGAAUUCCUAAUGAUUUAUAAUUAGAGAUCUUACUGUUAAGAAAUUAAAGAAUCUGUAAAAGUAACAAUAAACUAUACACCCAGUAUUUAUAAUCUUGUGAUAUGGAGGUCUUUGUAAGCAUUACACCAGUGGUAGAAACUGAAGAAUUAAAAAGAUGAAAAGAGAGAUUAGAUUUAAUGAUGUAAAAAUUAACUUCUAUACAGCAAAGAACACAAUAGUAAGUUAAAAAUGAAUGCCAACACGGGAAAUAUAUUGGUAUCAUGUAUAGUAGCAGCCAAGGAGUUAUUACCCAUAAUUUAUAACAAACUCGUACAGAUAAAUAAGCAAAAGAUGAAUUCUCCAGCACAUAAAAAGGACCAAUUAUAUGAAAAGGCCAUUUGCAAGAGAAGAAAUACAAAUGGCUGCCAGUAUUCUACCAGACGGCAGUUUGGACUGUACGACGUCUCCAGCUCCUGUAGCCAGUACAGCUGGUGGCUGCUAUUUAUUGAGUGUUCACUGUGUGUUGGGGACUGGGCUGAGGGCUUUACCCGUAAUGCUUAAGGAAAUACUAAGGUACAGUUAUUUACACUUUGCAAAGACAUGUUAACGAUUUAGCGAAUCAAGGCAGCUUGUCCUAGAUCACACAUUUAAGCAGGACUUUUGUAACUCAGGACUCUUAGCUUCCAAAGUACUUGCUUUUCAGUAGACACUGACUUACUGCCUCAGUGUAUCAGUGUACUUAUGAAGUGAAAAUGCAAAUGAAAGCAACCUGAAGUUACCAUUUGUUUUGUCUAUCAGAUUGGCAAUGGUUUAUUUAUUUAUUGUUUUGAACUUUUAUUUAUUUAUUUAAAAAAUUGUUUUUAAUUACUUUACAAUAUUGUAUUAGUUUUUGGCAAUGGUUUAAAAAGGAUCCUCAUUGCCAGGGAAGCUCAGGAUGUGGAGAAGCCUGCAGUCUUUUCUAUGGCUGGUGGGAGUGUCAAUUGGCAUGAUCCUUCUAGAAGGCAGUUUGGCAAUAUGUAUCAAAAGUCACAUCCUUUGACAUAGUAUUUCUACUUCUAGGAAUUUAUCUGAAAGGACUAAUCUGACAUUCUCAUAUGUACAAGGAUAUUCGAUUCAGUAUUGUUUAUAAAAACACAAGGUUGAAGGAAGUUUACUUGUCCUUCAGUGAAAGAUGGGUUAAGUGGGUUGGGGGAGAACUGAUGACAUAGAUAGAACUGUAUUUAUUAAUUGUUAAAUAUUGUCCUACUCAAACUUAUUAUUGGGUAGAAAAAGAAAACAAAGUAAAACAAAGCAGGUUGCAAAACAUUACAUGUGGCGCAACCCUAUAUUUGAGAAACUCAAAAUGUUUAUGUAUGUGUAUAUGCCAAGAAGAAAGUCCAGGACACAGUGCUGACAGUCGUGUAAUUAUAAGUGACUUAUUUUCUGUAUAUUUUAUGAAAUAUUUAUUGAUUUAUUUUUGCUAUACACAUAUACUCUGGUUUUUACAAAGUGCUUAAAAAUAUAUAUAAUCUUCUGGUACUGCUGGAACAUCCCAACUCGAAGAUUAAGCACGAAACUUGGGGAUCUCAUCCAGGUCUGUAAAUUUGCUUUUGUUAGCAGGUAUUUAGGUACUUCCUGUACUUACAUUUUACUCUUUGAAAGUUGACACAGGCAUGAGUCUACAUAAACAUAUGAUUUCCUAUGUGUUCUUCCAAGAAUUGCCAGACUUCUUUUUCACUGAUUGUGUUUGAAGUCAUAGUUUGCCAGCUAUUUGGCUUACAAAAUCCAGUCAAUGUGAAAUUGACGUGAAUAAACUUUCUAAUAGAUAUAAGGAAGUCCUAUUCACGUUUGCCCAAUUGGGAGAUCAAGGUCAGAUGGCUGAUAUCUUCUUAAUAAUAAAUAGAGUUUUCAAAAGUAGUCUUUAUAAAUUGUAGCUGAGGCUCAGUUUGUGAAGAAUCUACCUGCAAUGCAGGAGACACAGGGUAUGCAGGUUCCAUCCCUGGGCUGGGAAGAUCCCCUAGAGGAGGGCAUGGCAACCCACUCCAGUAUUCUUGCCUGAAGAAUCCCAUGGACAGAGGAGCCUGGUGGGCUACACUCCUAAGGCUCGCAAAGAGUUGGACAUGACUGAGCGACUAAACAGGAGGAGUCCUGCCCCAGAAAAUGGUUUAGAAAAGUAUUAUUUCUCAUAGGGAAGCAGUCAUGUUGAGAAUAUAUUAAAAGGUUUGAUAUAACCCAGAAUUUACUAUAAAACUGUGGAAAUUAACAUAAGGCACGUGAACAGUUUGCACAGCGCUUUUCAGCACCUUUCUAACCAUUCACAUUGUUUAGUGAUGAGAACUGUGGACUAAGGAGUGUAUAUUUUGGUCAUGUUUGAGGAUUUGGAUGCAAGGAUUUGAGUCCCAUUAGAUUGAACUGGCAGUUUAAGACAUAGAUUUUUAAACUGCUUACCAAAUGAAAGGGAAAACACUUGGUAGUGAAAUUGCUGACUGUAGACAGUUCUAGAGGCCAUCUAUGGUAACAGAACAAGGUGACAAUCACUGAGCAAAUGAUUAGUAAUGGGCUCUUAGAGACAGUGUCUUUAUGUAGUAGUUAUUUUAAAUUAUCUUUAAAGUGGUUUAUUGACCCUAUUCUGUUUUGACAUUCUCUUUGAAAGCUGCAAGUUACACUGAUACUAUUUAAAUAGUGGAACUCUUCUGUAGCAGUGAAGAAGAUGCAUUUUGGACACAGGUAGACCCAGGUUAAAAUACAAGUUCGACUACAUGGUAGUUUGUUGGCCUUUGGCAGGCUACCCAAUCUCUCUAAGUCCCUCUCAGUUUCUUCAUCUCAGAAAUACCAACCUUACAGGGCUGUUAAGAGGACUAAAUGAGAUAAUUCUCAUAAAAAUCUUAAUAGCAUCUGACUCAUAGUAAAUGCUCAGGUUGCUCUAAUUAUAUAGUUCAAUCUCAUUCAGAAUAUUUUUUAUAAUAUUUUGUGGCAUAAUGGAAAGAAGGGAUGUUGUACUGUGUAAUGGAUGCACGUUUGAAUCCAGGCUGUGUCCAUUAAUAAUUCCAGAAUCUUGGGCCGAUCACUUACGUGCUGAGCCCGAGUUUUCUCCCCUGUGAAACAGGGUCUGUAAUACUUACUUUGUCAAAUGUUGUGAGGAUUAGAGGUGAUAGGCCAAGUGUCCAACUCUUAUGUUUGGAGCAAUGCAAUAGAUAUUCAAUGAAUGAUAACUAUUGUCGUUGCUAUGAAAGCUAAUAAAUUUCAAAGAACAUCUUAAGGGCUUUUUAUACUUUCUCUCUUUGUUUUUACCUUUAGUUUCAUUUCUUUAAGAAACUGGGUACACAUAACCAAAACUAUGCAAUAUUAGAAAAGUUUAAGAAGUUGUAUAAAAUUGAUCAUAAUAUUACAUUUGGUAAACCAAAAGAACAAGAAUCUGAAGUAAUGAAUUAUAUUACUACAGAAGAAUGUGUACCCAGGGCCCGUCCUUGGGGUAGUUUUUCUUCGUAAAGCUGCCUGUCACAAUUACUGGAUUUGUUUGCUGGCUUCCUCCCAAUUUAGCAGAUAAGCUCUAUGAAGGCAGGAACUCUGGUUAUCUUGUUUCCACUACUGUUUCCCCAGCUAACACUGGGCUUUAUAUUAAAUGCUCUAAAAAUAUGGAAUAGAGACUGGCUGAAGCAAAUUUAUGCUUUAUUCAGUCCCUUCUUGAAUCUGAUUCUAACAAUGCAGGCAGUUUAUGAAAUGGUGCAGGUAUCCCAUGUUUUACUAAUGUUUAAAUAAGAAAGGGGAAAGCCACUGCUAAGAUUUGGAAAGUUAGUAAAGUAGCAGCAAAAAAUGAUGAGGGGCAGAAGAAACAAGACCCAGUACAGAACUGGGGGAGAAUUGAAUAAAACAAGUUAUGUGUCUUUGUGUCCUUUUCCCACUAGACUUUAAGGCGUUUAAAGUCAAGCACCAGAACUUGUUUAUUUCCUGUAUUCUAAAAUGAAGCACAGUUUCUGGCUUUUAGUAGCUAUUGAAUAAAUGGAUGAAUGAAUGAAUGAGAGACAUCUCUUACCUUUGAAGUGGCCUUCUUGUGUUCUUAAUGCUGAAAUUAGAAAAAGUAUAGAUCCUUAUUGCCAAAUUCAGACUUAAAUUGAAGAAAGUAGGAAAAACCACUAGAUCAUUCAGUUACCACCUAAAUCAAAUCCCUUAACGAUUAUACAGUGGAAGUGACAAAUAGAUUCAAGGG